CCUGCGAACAAAGGGGAGGCCGGCAGGGCGGGGGCGUCUGCGGCGAGCAUGGCGGACCGCAGCCUGGAAGGCAUGGCUCUGCCCCUGGAGGUGAGGGCCCGCCUGGCCGAGCUGGAGCUGGAGCUGUCGGAAGGUGACAUCACUCAAAAGGGAUAUGAAAAGAAGAGGUCAAAAUUAAUUGGAGCUUACCUUCCCCAGCCUCCAACAGCGAACGGAGCUGCCGUGGUUCGAUGUAGACUACAGCCCAGUGAAGGCGCGCCGAGGAGACCUUUCCGCUCUGCCCACAUCGGGGUGUGCGACAUCAGAGAAGCUGCAGCCCGGGAGCGGGUGGCCAGCGCAGCUGGGAACCGGCCUCUGUUUUACUUUCGUUUCGGGGUGGACCAAGCUUUGCCGCAAGAGCGCCGGGCACCUGUAACUCCUUCCUCUGCCUCUCGCUACCACCGACGAAGGUCCUCAGGGUCCCGGGAUGAACGUUAUCGAUCAGAUGUUCAUACAGAAGCUGUCCAGGCAGCUCUUGCUAAACACAAAGAAAGGAAGAUGGCAGUGCCCAUGCCUUCCAAACGUAGGUCCCUGGUUGUGCAGACCUCCAUGGAUGCCUACACACCUCCAGAUACCUCUUCUGGUUCAGAAGACGAAGGCUCGGUGCAGGGUGAUUCCCAGGGAACCCCCACCUCCAGCCAGGGCAGCAUCAACAUGGAGCAUUGGAUCAGCCAGGCCAUCCAUGGCUCCACCACCUCCACCACCUCAUCCUCCUCCACACAGAGUGGGGGUAGUGGGGCUGCCCAUAGGCUGGCAGACGUCAUGGCCCAGACACACAUAGAAAAUCAUUCAGCACCUCCUGACGUAACCACAUACACCUCAGAACACUCUAUCCAAGUGGAAAGGCCACAGGGUUCCACAACAUCCCGAACAGCACCUAAGUAUGGCAAUGCUGAGCUCAUGGAAACUGGAGAUGGUGUACCAGUAAGUAGCCGGGUAUCAGCAAAAAUCCAGCAGCUUGUCAAUACCCUCAAACGACCCAAACGGCCACCCUUAAGAGAAUUCUUUGUUGAUGACUUUGAGGAAUUGUUAGAAGUCCAACAACCAGAUCCAAACCAACCAAAGCCAGAGGGGGCCCAGAUGCUGGCCAUGCGAGGGGAGCAGUUGGGGGUAGUCACGAACUGGCCGCCCUCUUUAGAAGCUGCACUACAGCGAUGGGGGACCAUCUCUCCGAAGGCCCCCUGCCUGACUACCAUGGACACAAAUGGAAAACCCCUGUAUAUCCUCACUUACGGCAAACUGUGGACAAGAAGCAUGAAGGUAGCUUACAACAUUCUGCAUAAAUUAGGCACAAAGCAAGAGCCUAUGGUACGGCCUGGAGACAGGGUAGCUCUGGUGUUCCCCAACAAUGACCCUGCUGCUUUCAUGGUGGCCUUCUAUGGUUGCCUACUGGCUGAAGUUGUUCCUGUCCCCAUUGAAGUGCCACUCACGAGAAAGGAUGCAGGGAGCCAGCAGAUAGGUUUCUUGCUUGGAAGCUGUGGUGUUACUGUUGCCUUGACAAGUGAUGCCUGCCACAAAGGUCUACCAAAAAGCCCAACAGGAGAGAUCCCACAAUUCAAAGGUUGGCCAAAGCUGCUAUGGUUUGUCACAGAGUCAAAACACCUCUCUAAACCUCCUCGAGACUGGUUUCCACACAUCAAAGAUGCAAAUAAUGACACGGCUUAUAUUGAGUACAAGACAUGUAAGGAUGGAAGUGUGCUUGGAGUGACUGUAACAAGGAUCGCACUGCUCACGCACUGUCAGGCACUCACGCAGGCCUGUGGCUAUACAGAAGCUGAAACCAUUGUGAAUGUUCUAGACUUCAAGAAGGAUGUGGGACUCUGGCAUGGCAUCCUGACUAGUGUCAUGAACAUGAUGCACGUCAUCAGCAUCCCGUACUCGCUGAUGAAGGUAAACCCCCUCUCCUGGAUCCAGAAGGUCUGCCAGUACAAAGCAAAAGUGGCAUGUGUGAAGUCGAGAGACAUGCACUGGGCACUGGUAGCACACAGAGAUCAGAGAGAUGUCAACCUGUCUUCCCUCCGCAUGUUAAUAGUGGCUGAUGGAGCAAAUCCCUGGUCUAUUUCUUCUUGUGAUGCGUUUCUCAAUGUCUUCCAGAGUAAAGGCCUGCGACAGGAGGUCAUUUGUCCCUGUGCCAGCUCACCAGAGGCCCUCACUGUGGCCAUUCGAAGACCCACAGAUGACAGCAACCAGCCACCGGGCCGGGGUGUGUUGUCCAUGCAUGGGCUGACCUAUGGUGUCAUUCGUGUGGACUCAGAAGAGAAGCUGUCCGUGCUCACAGUACAGGAUGUUGGUCUCGUCAUGCCUGGAGCCAUCAUGUGUUCAGUGAAGCCAGAUGGAAUUCCUCAGUUGUGCAGGACAGAUGAAAUUGGGGAGCUGUGUGUGUGUGCAGUUGCCACAGGAACAUCAUAUUAUGGUCUGUCCGGCAUGACCAAGAACACCUUUGAGGUGUUUCCUAUGACGAGUUCUGGAGCUCCGAUCAGUGAAUAUCCGUUCAUAAGGACGGGGUUACUAGGGUUUGUUGGUCCUGGAGGCCUCGUCUUUGUGGUGGGUAAGAUGGAUGGCUUGAUGGUGGUCAGUGGGCGCAGACACAAUGCUGAUGACAUCGUGGCCACAGCCUUGGCCGUGGAGCCCAUGAAAUUUGUCUACAGAGGAAGGAUAGCUGUGUUCUCAGUGACUGUUCUUCAUGAUGAAAGGAUAGUGAUCGUGGCGGAGCAGAGGCCGGACUCCACAGAGGAAGAUAGCUUCCAGUGGAUGAGCAGGGUGCUGCAGGCAAUUGACAGUAUCCAUCAAGUUGGGGUUUAUUGCCUGGCCUUGGUACCAGCAAAUACCCUUCCCAAAACCCCACUUGGUGGCAUCCAUUUGUCAGAAACGAAGCAGCUUUUCCUGGAGGGCUCCCUUCACCCCUGCAACGUCCUGAUGUGCCCACACACCUGUGUCACAAACUUGCCUAAACCUCGGCAGAAGCAGCCAGAAAUUGGCCCUGCCUCUGUGAUGGUGGGAAAUCUGGUGUCUGGGAAGAGGAUUGCGCAGGCUAGUGGUAGAGACCUGGGUCAGAUAGAAGACAAUGACCAGGCCCGGAAGUUCCUGUUCCUCUCAGAGGUCUUGCAGUGGAGGGCCCAGACCACCCCGGACCAUGUGCUAUACACACUGCUCAACUGUCGGGGAACAAUAGCAAACUCACUGACGUGUGUCCAGCUUCACAAGCGUGCUGAGAAGAUAGCAGUGAUGCUGAUGGAAAGGGGCCACUUGCAGGAUGGAGACCAUGUGGCAUUAGUCUAUCCACCAGGAAUAGACCUCAUUGCAGCAUUUUAUGGUUGCCUGUAUGCAGGCUGUGUGCCGAUUACUGUGCGACCUCCACACCCACAGAACAUUGCAACGACAUUGCCUACAGUCAAGAUGAUCGUGGAGGUGAGUCGCUCUGCCUGUCUAAUGACAACACAACUGAUCUGUAAGCUGUUGCGGUCCAGGGAGGCAGCAGCAGCUGUAGAUGUUAGGACGUGGCCCCUCAUACUGGACACAGAUGAUUUGCCAAAGAAGCGGCCCGCCCAGAUCUACAAACCUUCCAACCCAGACAUGCUGGCCUAUCUUGACUUUAGUGUGUCCACAACUGGGAUGCUAGCUGGAGUAAAGAUGUCCCAUGCAGCCACCAGUGCCUUUUGCCGUUCCAUUAAGCUGCAGUGUGAGCUUUACCCUUCUAGAGAAGUGGCCAUCUGCUUGGACCCUUACUGUGGACUUGGAUUUGUCCUCUGGUGCCUCUGCAGUGUAUACUCAGGGCACCAGUCCAUUCUGAUCCCACCCUCUGAGCUGGAGACCAACCCUGCCUUGUGGCUUCUUGCUGUGAGUCAGUACAAAGUCCGGGACACCUUUUGUUCCUACUCAGUGAUGGAGCUUUGCACCAAGGGUCUGGGCUCACAAACCGAGUCCCUCAAGGCACGAGGACUGGACUUGUCCCGAGUAAGGACCUGUGUGGUUGUGGCAGAAGAACGUCCCAGGAUUGCCCUUACACAGUCUUUCUCAAAGCUCUUUAAGGACCUGGGCCUCCACCCACGGGCUGUUAGCACUUCAUUUGGCUGUCGAGUGAACCUAGCCAUUUGCUUGCAGGGGACAUCGGGACCUGACCCCACCACCGUCUAUGUUGACAUGAGAGCCCUGAGACAUGACAGAGUCCGGUUGGUAGAAAGAGGAUCUCCUCACAGCUUGCCCCUGAUGGAGUCAGGAAAGAUACUGCCUGGAGUUCGGAUCAUAAUUGCCAAUCCAGAAACAAAAGGUCCACUGGGGGAUUCUCACCUUGGAGAGAUAUGGGUCCACAGUGCCCACAAUGCCAGUGGCUAUUUUACCAUUUAUGGAGAUGAAUCUCUCCAGUCUGAUCAUUUCAAUUCCCGGUUGAGUUUUGGAGACACGCAGACCAUUUGGGCACGAACAGGCUACCUGGGCUUCCUGCGGAGAACUGAGCUUACAGAUGCAAAUGGAGAGCGUCAUGAUGCCCUGUAUGUGGUGGGAGCACUGGAUGAAGCCAUGGAGCUGCGGGGCAUGAGGUACCACCCAAUAGACAUUGAGACUUCAGUCAUCAGAGCCCAUAAAAGUGUCACGGAAUGUGCUGUGUUUACCUGGACAAACCUGUUGGUGGUUGUGGUUGAACUCGACGGGUCAGAGCAGGAAGCCUUGGACCUGGUUCCCUUAGUGACCAACGUGGUCUUAGAGGAGCACUAUCUGAUUGUAGGAGUGGUGGUUGUGGUGGACAUUGGGGUGAUUCCAAUUAACUCCCGGGGGGAGAAGCAGCGGAUGCACCUGCGAGACGGGUUCUUGGCAGACCAGCUCGAUCCCAUCUACGUGGCCUACAACAUGUAGUUCCGUCUCUUUGGACUUCAUGGACUUUUCUAGGGAUAUGAACUUUUUUUCUCAGUGUCCACCAAAAUGUGCAGACACAGAGGCCAUGUUCACCAGUGCAGAGCCUGGUGUCGUAGGCUUGGAGGGGAGGACUUCUCAGAGCAGUCACCCUGGCAAGGAGAUGAAAUGUGAAUUUACUGCUGGAUUUUGUUCAGAAGGACUUUGGAUUACUGCCUUCGGUUUAUUGGAAAAGCUCAUUUCAAUAACUUUCUUUUCUGUUUUUUUUUUUUUUAAUUAUUGGAUAAUAAGUGCUCUCUUCGUAAAUGUGGUAUUUUGUUAAGCCGAAAUAGCAAUUAAAAAAAUUAUUCUCCCCUCCAGAUGGGUUCUUUUAAGCAGUUUAUGUACAUGUGAUAAGAAGUUGCUUUUUCUGUUUUAAUGUGUCAUGAAACCUUAAUGACAUGGAUCUGUUACUAAUUUAAGCCAUUGCUAGAUCUCGCCCUUCUAGGAAUGUUUAUUGAGGUACGAGAAUCCUUCCAGGUAGCACCUUCCAAUUAGAGUUUAGCAGCUUUCUUUGUCAGAAAUGUGCUAAAUAAACAGAGGCCAAUCUAUGGCCUUUGGAGUUAACAUAGAACGAGAAGCAAUUAUAAAUAAGGUAUUUCGGCAACUAUCUUGCAAGUAUCUUUGUACUAAACUAAAAAGAUAAAAUAAGUUAACUUCCUCAAUAUGUAAUUAUGUAAAAAUGUUUAAUUUAUUUUGAUCUCUUUAGAAAUAUAAAAGAAAAAAACAUUCAAGAACAUUAAAAGUCUUGUAAUGUUUGCUAAUAUAAAAAAUGUUGUAUUAUCUUGCGUGGAUAGUAUCACAACAAAUAUAUAUAUGAAAUAUAAAUUCACUAAAUGAACAAAGGAAAUUUUAAAGUUUAAAUGCAGAACUUGUCACUUGCAUGGUACGCCCUUCACUGUAUUCACACACUUUGCUAUUGCAAGCAGUACAGAUUGCCAGUGACCCUGUCUCAAACCAGAGGCCAGCAAGUGGGAUAAGUACCAUAUCUAAGGUGGGGAAGGAAUUUAAAGCUGAUUGUACACUAUUUUUUCUUUGCUGUGGGGGACAACAGUGAAUGUGUUAUGCCAGCAUGUGCCAAUUACAUUGAGGGGGCUCUAGGUUGGCAAAUUGCACUGUUUAUCUGCAAGAAUUCAUUAUGCAAUGUUUUUAUUUUUUAUUUUAACAUUUUUGUUAGUAUCACUCUUUCUGUUCUUGGUAUGAAAAGAAUGAUAUUCUCUGGCCAUGCAAUGCACCAGGUGUCAUUGAUUCCCAACCCCCUUUCCAGUAGCCUCUGUAUAAGUGGAUAGAUGUCCAAAUAGCUUUGAGGAAUAAACUUUCAGUCUGUUUUGUGAACUUCUGGUCAUAGGAGUUUCCAAGCAUGGCCUUGGGCAGCCCCUAUCCUAGGGACUUAAAUUAGCAGAGCUCUAGUUGAAGCGAGAAGUCUUGCCAGCCACUUCUCUGUACCACCUACAGGGGAACCUGUCCCAGGUGCUACCUGCCCACCUUUUGAUUUGUAGAGUACAUCUACAUCUGUGUGUUUCUAAGUCAAGCUGGCCUGGCUGCGCUCAAGUAAGGAGGGGAAAGCAGUGCAUGAGGGAUUCAUUUUGUAGUUGUCCAGUAUGACCCUGCAGUGGCUCUUAGUACUGGAGCUGCCUGACUGUGAUCACUGCUAGGCAGAACUGAUGCUUCAUGGCUCCAGAGGUAAGGUCUUUGUCUGCCUUUUUUCAUGCAGCUAGCAGGACACAAGAGCUUUGCUUGACUUCUGAGAUCCACAACUGAUUGCUUUUUAAAAAUAAUUUUAAGUGGCGCAUUUUUAAGAAUCUGCAUAUUUAGAACAUCCUUCCAUCUGCACAAACGGUCUGAUUUUGUUAAUGCUCACUGCUGUGUAUGAGUGCUCUAUACAUGCUUCAGUUACACAUUCCUACCAUCCUCAGCUUCCAAAUUGGGAAAGUCCCCACUACAUACAGAAAAAAAAUCAUUUUCAGAUGCAUGUGCACACACACAUUGCUUAAGGGAAAGUUGGUUUGAGGUUCCAAAUAAGAUAAAGAUACAUUAUUGUAGUGUGUGAGAAAUCUUAGACCCAGGUGAUGCUAGAAAGCAAAACAAAUUUAGCUGUCACUCCAAACACAGUUUAACUUUCACCAUAUCAACUUGACAUCCAAGGAAGGCGAACCCUGCCAUGCAGUUGGGAAAGCAGUUGACAGCAGGUCUCUUCUGUCUGUAUCUUUUCAUCUCUGAUGUUAGACUUUAGGUUCAAGAGAGCUGGUGGAUUGAGAGCAAAGCUUAGUUGUGCAAGAAAAAGGAAAGGCGACACUUAAGUACCACCAGUUUCAGCAAUAAGGAAGGAUCGUUCUGUAUUAGAAAUUGUACUGUAGAUAAAUCAUUCAUGAGAAUGUAAAAAAAGAAAAAAAAAUGUUGUCUUGUGACCUUGUGCUUUUGAAGUCAGCCAAAAUCGUGUAAUCUACUUGCACAAAAGGAGGGUUCACAAUGAAUAUUGGAACACAGACCUAAUCAAACAGGAGGAGAUUCCACAUGGUGCUUGUUUAUUAUAUAUAUUUAAUCCUGCUUGACACUUUACCCAAGGGAACGGUCCCUUUUAUCAGUUGAAUGUUAGCAGCGUUAUUUCAGAGUGUGGUGACUGGUUUGAGAAACUCAUGUACUCUACCAAUCACAGUUUCAAACAAAAUUUUUAUGUGCAAAGGACAGCAACCUUCUUGUAUGUUCAACCACCAGUACGCUUUGUACAUCUGUGAUAACGCCUGUUUUAUAUUCAAAUGAACAAAUAAAAGCUUUUAUUUUUGUUGCUCUGAAAAUAGCAGUUUCUUAAUUGGUACCCUGGAAAAAUGAGACAGACCCACUUCCAUGUCAGGAAGGAAGUAAUUCCUACCAGGAAAUGUAUCUGACUCUGUUUACAUAAUUUGUUGCGUAAUUUAGUAUAGAUGAUCGUACUUGAAAGAUGUUUAAAUUUUGAUGUGGGCAUUUCUGGUUAACAACAAUUCCUAUGGCAACAAAUGUUUUGUGAAAUGUUUUUUUUAAUUCUUUUAAAUAUAUCUGAAUAUAUUUGUUCACA